UAAUCCAAAAAUUAAGAAUGAUUUUCCUAAACUUUCUCAAACAAUUCUAAAAAGAAGUUUGAAUCAAGAUACUAAUGCUGCAGAUCCAUUUCAACCAAUUGUGGAAAAAUCUUCUGAAACAGCAUUAGAUGAAGGUAAUGAUCCAAACCAGAAAAAAAAGAAACCCACUAGUAGUGGUCAAAAACGAUCAAUUCUAUCGCCUCGAGUUAUGGAUGCUGUAUUAACAACCGUAAUGGGUUUAGCUGCUGUUGGUCUUGGUGGUGUGUUUUAUCAGGCAUGGUACGAAUGGAACGAAGUUCACAAAGUAAAAAUGGCGUUCAAAAAACCUACAGUGACACUAAGAAAUAGAACUUCAGAAGACUUCUUCCAAGAAAGAGAUGAAUAUCAAACAAUUCGUGAAGCUAUAGAAGGCAAAGUUCGGGGAAAAUAUUUUUUACUUGUAGGCGAACGAGGGACAGGAAAAACUCAAUUAAUUUUUCAUGCAAUGCGCGAAAUCAAUCAGAAGGAUGUUGUAUUUGCUGAAGCUCAUUCGGACAGUGAAAUUUUUAAAUGCAGAUUAGGAAAAGCUUUACAAUAUACUUAUAGAGAAGAUUAUGUUGGCCAACUUUUUGCCAGAGAAGCUCCUGAACGAGGUUCCGCAUUACUUGAUGUCGAAAAAGCUUUAAAUAUGGUAGAAAUCGCUGCCACAAAGUAUUUCAACAAAACUGAACGUCCAUUAGUUCUUGUUAUCAGCAACAUUCAUGCAUUUAAAGAUGAUGAAGAUGGUGAAGACCUAUUAGAAUUAUUACAGCAACGUGCUGAAUCAUGGGCUGCUUCUAAGGUUGUGACAAUGGUAUUUAACACGGAUGAUUAUACAAUAUACGAACGCAUGAAGAGAGAUGCAUCUCGAAUGGAAGUUAUAAGAGUAAGAGAAUUAGAAACUGAAGAGGCAGUAAACGUAUUAAUAAAAAAUCGAGAGCACUAUAAAAAGGUGCCGGUGCCUGAAGAUGAAUUGCGAAACAUUGUUGAACAAAUUGGUGGUCGUCUUUCUUAUAUUGAUAAAUUAGCUAGAGCAAAUGAUAUUAACGGUCUAAUUCCUGAUUUUGAAGAAAGUGCAUUUGAUGAUCAAAAAUAUGCUUCGUGUGCUUGGAAAUUAAUUCGUAAAAUUGUAAAAUCUGACGACAAUUCUGUCUCAGUAGAAGAGGGUAGAAAAAUUACUGGAAAUCCAAAAUGGAUAGAAAUGAUGGAUCAUGAUAAUAUUAUUAUGAUCGAUGAAAAUCAAAAGAUUAAAGCUGAUUCAAAAAUGUUACAAAAAAUAUUUGAAGACAUCGUUGAGGAAGAUGAUUUUGAUGAAAUAUUAAAUAAUGUUUGUGAGAGAGUUGAAGAAGUUGAUAAAGAACAAAGAACAAGAGAAUUAAUAUGGAGUAAAAAGAAUGAUCAAGUUGUUAGAUUUGGAAAACCUAAGGGAAGUUGUUUUUUUGGUUAUAAUGAUAAAUAG